GAAAUUUGAAGAGUUAUUUCACGGUUUACUCAUUUCUAUAUAUAUGAAAUUGCCCUUUUAUUUUUAUUAAUAAUCCAAAUUUACAAAAAUACCAUUUCCUUUCCCUUUUCUGUCUUUUCACUCACGCGACGAGAUUACUUCCUACGCCCCUCAUUUCUUCUCAGUCGCGAUUCAAAACCCAUUCAGCUCCACGCCCGUCGUCCGCCUUGCCAUUACUGGCCAACGCCGUUCUCCACCUUGUCUCUGCUCUCUCUCUCAGACACGUCGAAAUGGCUUCUAUGCCGCCAGAAUGUUGUUUUAGGUCUUACCUCAACAAAAUCAACAAUCCCUAAAUUCGAUCCUUUAUCGUUCCUAAUUUCACUCAGAUUCUUCACCACAACCACAACAUCAGAAUCAGACACAACCCCAUUCGCUGUAUCAUACCUCGUCAACGAUUUUGGUUUCUCACCUCAGUCAGCUCUCACAGCUUUCAACAAAAAACAGUUAACAAAUGAUCAAUUCGACAUCUAAAAGAGAACAAAUUUGGUAAAGUUGUCCAAGGCUAACUGGAUUUGAAGUAUGGGAUUCCAGAUCUUAAACUUUUUAAAACCCUCUAUGAAAGUGCUGGUGGUGAUAUUAUUGCUGAUAUUUCUGACAAAUAUCAGUCACUCUGUAGCGUACUCUUCUUCAUCUGAGACCACGAUACACACUAAUAAUUGGGCCGUUUUAGUCUGCACCUCUCGGUUCUGGUUUAAUUAUAGACAUAUGGCCAAUACUUUAUCAUUGUAUAGGACAGUUAAGCGGCUAGGAAUACCUGAUGAGAGGAUUAUACUCAUGCUAGCAGAUGACAUGGCAUGUAAUGCAAGAAACAAGUACCCUGCCCAAGUUUUUAAUAAUGAAAACCAUAAACUUAACCUGUAUGGGGAUAAUGUGGAGGUAGAUUAUCGUGGCUAUGAAGUAAAUGUGGAAAAUUUUAUGCGGGUACUAACAGGUCGUCAUGAUACUGCUGUUCCAAGGUCCAAACGACUACUUAGUGAUGAAGGAAGUCAUAUUCUUUUAUACAUGACAGGGCACGGAGGUGAUGAAUUUUUAAAGUUUCAGGACUCAGAAGAGCUUCAAAGUCAUGAUUUAGCAGAUGUUGUAAAGCAAAUGAAAGAGAAGCACAGGUUCAAGGAGCUUCUUAUAAUGGUGGACACCUGCCAAGCCUCUACCCUGUUCUCACAGCUUCAUUCACCAGGUGUUUUGGCAAUUGGAAGUAGCAUGAAAGGACAGAAUUCAUAUUCACAUCACUUGGACUCAGAUGUGGGUGUUUCAGUUGUUGAUCGUUUUACAUUCUACACUCUUGCCUUCUUUGAGAGGUUGAAUAUAUAUGACAAUGCUUCAUUGAGCAGUCUUUUCAAUUCAUAUAAUCCAAACUUGUUGAUGUCAACUGCAUAUUAUCGAAUGGACCUGUAUCAACGACAUUUAGAGGAGGUACCUGUGACAAACUUUUUUGGCUCGGUAAUGAAAACAAUACACACUGACUCAGCCUACAGGUCUCGGUCGAAUAAAAAUUUUGGGGGAGCUAAAAUUAAAAUGCCUUUGUAUCAAUCAUCUUACGACAAUGAAAGAAGAAUUUUGAAAAACUCGGACGAUGAGGCUCAAUUUAAUAAAUUAAGUACCGAGGAACAUUUCCAUGGCGUUGGACAACUAUGGAAUACUAUUCUCAGCAAAGUGAAUACGUUUCAAAGCAUUGAUGCAUUCGUGUGCUAUGGCCUUGUUUCAAUGCUUCCUUUGUUGACAGUUUCUACAUGGCUAUCAUGGUAGAUGAUUGCAGCGAUGUUCUUUGACACCACAUGUUAUGGUUGGUUUCAUUGCAAUUUCACUUGAAAAGGCAAAUUAUUAAAGGUCACAUUAUAUAUGUUAGAGCGCUUAUGUCCAAGUCCAAGAGCGCGACUUAAAAAAUUCUCUUCUGUUAGCCAUUGGUUUUCCCUUGGUGCUGCUGGAGCAUUAUCAUGAUUCCUCGUGUUCUGCAGUUGUGGUAAUACAAAUCCUUGGUAUUGUGCUGCUAAAGAAAGGGAUCCUUGGUGGUGGAUUUUAUGAUUUUUAUCGUUAUAUUUACAGCUUUUGUGGAUUAACUCAAUAGUACCAGUAGUUAGAUGCGUAAUGUGUUAAUGCAGCUCAAUGUGAAUUUGAAUGUAUGUCGGCCGUCAUUUUAUGGCUUAUAUUUAUGAAAAUUUUCUACAAGUAACAUACAUUAAUUAAUAGAAGACUUGUGAAAUCUAAUUAUUCCGUCUAAAGUCAA